AGUUCACAUUUUACAGCUGCAGCGGUGUUCUGUGAUUGAAUGUGUUUCGUGUUUGUGUAUUAAUUUGUACACUUUUGUUAGUUACUUUAGUCACUUUUGAUAGUUUUUUCACAAUACUUAUUUGUAUUGUGUUCUAUAAUACAAAACCAUACAAUUAGUUGCUAUAUUUAUAACUAGCACAAUAAUAAAGUAUAGUGUAUUUUAAAUACUAAACAACCAUUUCAGGAAUAUUGUUUAGCAGCAAUUGUUAUAACAAGUUUGCAGAUAAUGGCUGCGACCAGGGAACGUCGUGCUAAUGCUGGAAACAAACUAGCACGUUUGCUAGAUGAAGAAGAAGAGGACGACUUCUAUAAGACUACCUAUGGCGGUUUCAAUGAAGAAGAACAAGACAACGAUUUUCAUUUUGUAGAUGAAGACGUACCAGAUGAAGUUGAUUCCGAUUUUAGUAUUGAUGAAAACGAUGAAGUCAUAUCUGAUAACGAAGAAGAAGAAAAACCAAAAAAAAACCAAAACAGAUAUCAAGAACCAAAAGCCCCAAAGCCUGUUCAGCAAAAAGAAACACCUAAAAGGAAACGAUCCAGAACAGAGAAAGUCGCUGAAACCUCGUAUGAACGUAAAUCUAUUAGACAAUCUACGGCCGUUAAAUCUCAAGAAACAAUUGAGCGCAUUAAAGAACGUCGUCGCAAAAUUAAACGUAUCAAGCCUAUGCCCCCGGAAGAAAUGCCUUCUCAACAAAAACUAUUGGAAGAGGCAAAAGAAACCGAAUUGGAAAAUUUAAAAUCACUAGAAAAAUUCGAAAAAUUAGAAUUGGCAAAAAAACAAACUCGUGUCAAGCACCGUGUAUUCUAUACAGGCACAAUAAAGUUCCACAGUAAAUCCGUACCAUUUGCUGGCGGAGAUGAAGAUACCGUAAAUAUUGAGACUGAUGAUCAAGAAGACAAACGGGAAAGUCGAGACGUUUUCGAACGUACUACGUUGACAAUUAACGAUUACGAAGAAGCAAAACGUUUAUUUCCAAAAAAAGUAGCAAUACCCCCUAAAUCGCCAAGAAAGUGUGUAUUCACCGGAGAAUAUGCUAGGUAUGUUGAUCCACUCACUGGUCAUCCUUAUAAAAAUCAAAAAGUAUUUUCUAUACUGAGAUCCGUGUACUCAAUGCAUUUUGAUGAAGUGCUAGCGAAGAAAAAGUAACCUAAUGUUGUAUCAUAUUUUAGUGAUUUCAUUUUUGAUCAACAAUAAAAAUAGAAUAUUUUUCAUAUUUUAUAAAUAAUUAACAAUCAAAUGUUAAAAAUGAAAUGUGGAAAUUUAAAUUGACUUUGAGCCAACACUGAUUAUAAAUAUUGUUGUUAUAAUAUUUUUCAUUUCUAAGUUAUUUUUAUUAUUUUGUUUUUUGUAUUGUAGUCAUUACGAUAAAAUAUUGAAUAUUUUCAUUGCCGAUAAUUUGUUGUUUUUUUUUU